GACGCCGCAGAUUUUCAUCGCCGGAGAACCUCGACGUACGUGCGUGUGCGUGUGCACGACAUGGCCGACGCCGGGCACCGGACGCCGUUGCUGCUCCUCCUCCUACUCGCCGCCGUCGCGCUGCUCGCGGCGGUGGCCACGGCGGACGACGCCAAGCCGACCAUCCUGACCCCGGUGGCCAAGACCCCCGUGGGGUCCUUCGAGGGCGACAAGCCGGGGGACGACGCCAUGGACGACGAGGACGCCGCGCCCGUCGGCUCCCCCAUCGGCACCACCAUGACCGAGCCCAAGCCCGAGGGGUCCACGCCCGGCGCCGCCGGGGGCGACGCGCCGGCGCCCAGCGCCGCCUCCUCCCUCGCGGCCCGCCUCGGCGGCGCCGUCGCCGUGGCCGCAGCGGCCGCCGGCGUCCUCGCCUUCUAA